AUGGCAGCAGCGCUGCUCCGCGAGGCGGUGGCUCUGUACGAAUCCGGCAGUUUAGCCUCUGCACGCGAGGCCGCAGAAGAUGCCCUUCACGCAGCGGAUCCACACAACGACACUCUCUUCGCUGAAGCCCUGCUGGUGCUGGCGAAUGUGUACUGCGCCGCAGAGGACUUUGCCGAGGCGGAGCGUCUCGUGGCGACGUGUUGUUGUUACGUUGAACAGCACUUGGGCCCUGCACACAUUGGUGUGGCGACCGCACGGCUGAAUCGUGCCAUCAUUCUAUUAGAACGCUAUCGUCUGCGUGGUGGGAAUCAUGACACUGCCAAUACGAAUGGCAAUUCUAAUAAUAGUGGCAGUGGUGGUGGAUUGCAAUGGGUGGAGCAGGCGUAUGCGUUGCUGCAGGCGGCGGCCCGUCAACUUGAGAAUGUCGACGGCGUGGAGCGGCUGUUGCUUGCGGAGGUGCUGCACAACACGGGUGUGUGCUGUGAGUUGGUGGGCCGCCACGUGGAUGCCCUCGCGGCGUACAUGCGAUCCAUGCAGAUACGCGUGCACUACACAGACACCGCCGGUGUGUGUGAUUUGAAGCUCGCGCUCACGAUGGAGCACGUGGCGAUGUUGUACCGACUGCUGCAGGGCGCGCGGCUGCAGGAGGCCGCACGGCUGAUGGACGCCGUCGCCACAACACGCAGACGUUAUUUGGGCCCACGCCAUCCCUUGUUUGCGGCAGCCAUUCUCGCACAAGGUGUGAUUGCCGCCGAGUUGGGUCACAAGCGGCGUGCGGUGUUGUUACUGCAGAAGGCGUUGGAUAUACGCAAACGAUUGUAUGGGGAAGAAGAUCCGCAGACACGUUGUGUGGCGCAACUGCUUGCAGAGAUAUCAUAA